GCUGAGUUACUUUUUUCGCAUUAAAAGACAGAAAAGCACCGGUCCCCCGCGUGGGUGGAUGCGCGCCUGCACCCCCCCCCCUCGCCCCCCGGGGACAGCCCCAGGCUUCGGGGCUCAGCAGCCGUCGGUGCCCGGCCGGGCAGGCAGCGCCGCGGCCUCCGCCGCCCUCCGCGGCCGCGGAACCCUCGGAGCGACUCUCCCCGCCCCCCGCCGUGUUUUUGGGAGAGGGCGGAGGGGCACGGCCUCGCCGGCCGCCUGCCGCCCCGGCCCUCCUGGCGGCGGGGCGCUCCGCGCAUCCUCCCCAACUUCGCGCGGGGCCAAACCCACCGGCGGGCACCGGGGCAGCCCCCGGCUCCCCGGCCGGCACAGCCCACGGGCACCGGCGGCCGCUCGCGCGAGGCCGGGCGCUUCCCCCCUCCACCCGGGAUAUUUUAUUUUUUUUUUCGGUGGGAGCGGGAGGUGGCAGUUGCAGCCGGAGCCGCCGGCGAUGGCGGGAGGGGGCGCGUUGUCCCCUCCCGGGACGGCAGCCGCGUCCCCCCGCGGGGUUUGGGCUCCAUCCGGCCCCGCCGCCCGCUCAGCUCCCCGCGGGCGCGCUUCUUGCGCGGCUGCGGCCGCGGCGGGUCUUUGGGCGCGCACCCCCCCCCGCCGGCCGGCGGGCGGCAUCUGCCCCGCAGGGAAAAGUUUUACCUUCCUCUCCCCGACUUGCGUUUUAUUAAAAACAAACGAAAAACUUUUCCGUCUGCUGCGUUUCGUUGCGUUGGCGAAGCGGCGGCCGGGACGGCCGAGCCCCGCUGCCCACCGCCCCCCCCCCUCCCCCUCGGCCCGGGGUCGGGCCCUUCCCGGCCCCCGCGCCCCCUCCCCGGCCGGCGGAGGGAGGGAGGAGGGAGGGAGUUUCCCAGGUAAAGAGGAAAGCGGCAGUUACGUCCUCACGUCGGCAUUUUAAAAACGUAAGAAAGAGCCGCGCUGCGAUUUCGCCACCGCUGCGGGAAGGCCGCUCACUGGAGGACGCAUUUCUCUUCCUUCUUGGCCAUCUUGC